CCAAGAGCCCAAGCCUAUUCAGGCUCUUUCCCCUGGCCGAGUUUUUCAAUUACGUUUUCUGAUAGGUCGAAAUUGAUUACCUCUACACACCACAUCAUUCUUACAAGGCUGUCAGAGCUCACUUCCACCAUAAGGAGUGCGAUCUGCGACCCAAAAAUCCGGCAAGAUGUUAUUGGAGCAUGGGUAUAUCUGCAGCCACGGAGUACAUCGAGCUCGUGUUUAUUCUUCCCGAUUAAUUCAUCGACCGGACGUAGUCGACGUGGGUACCGUCCGAGGUUCGUUGCGAGAAAAGCUGUUCCUGGCUUGUGACAUCUGCUCUACCGAGAUGGUUAAGUAUCGCGUGUUGGAUAGUGUUAGUAGAAGCAGUCUUCAAGAGCGAAAUCUUCGUUUGGUUCGAACAACAGGAGUCAAACACAUACUCACCUCAACAUGAAGCUCACAAUACUCCUACCAUUGAUUCCUUUGGCUCUUGCAGUCCCAGCACCUCUGGAAAGGCGUGCAAAUCCCACCGUUAUUGCUCCUUCACCUCAAGCUACGGUUGCUGGCACCAGCAUCGCGAAUGUUGAAUCUUUCAAAGGCAUACCAUAUGCACAGCCUCCGAUUGAUCAGCUGCGACUGAAACCACCUCAGCCAUUGACUUCCUCCCUAGGAAAAGUCGAUGGCACUGGCAUUCCGAAAGCAUGCCCACAAUUCUUCUUCAGCAUAGACGAGAGAAACAUUCCAACCAACGUUCUAGGAACCAUAUUGAAUCUGCCACUCCUUCAAACCGUUACCAAUGCCGGAGAAGACUGCCUCACUGUCAAUGUUCAGCGGCCAGCUGGUACAAAGGCUGACGCCAAACUUCCCGUACUAUUCUGGAUAUUCGGUGGUGGUUUCGAACUUGGAUCUACUGCAAUGUACGACGGAGCCAGUCUUGUAGCCGAGUCGGUUGCUCAAGGCAAGCCCAUCGUCUUUGUUGCGGUAAACUACCGCGUGGGCGGGUUUGGCUUCAUGCCCGGAAAAGAGGUGUUGGAAGACGGUUCAGCCAACCUGGGGCUUCUCGACCAAAGGCUGGGCCUACAGUGGGUCGCAGACAACAUAGCUGCAUUUGGAGGUGAUCCCGAGAAGGUGACAAUCUGGGGUGAGAGUGCAGGUGCUAUUUCUGUACUAGAUCAGAUGAUGCUGUACGACGGCGACAAUAGCUACAAGGGGAAGCCCCUCUUCAGAGCUGGUAUCAUGAAUUCGGGCUCGAUAGUGCCAGCCGAUCCCGUGGACUGCCCCAAGGGUCAGGCUAUCUACGAUAGAGUUGUCGAAGCAGCUGGAUGCGCUGGCUCCGCCGAUACUUUGGCAUGCCUCCGUACAGUUCCAUACACGAAAUUCCUCAAUGCCGCAAAUACUGUUCCUGGUAUCUUGAGCUACUUUACAGUCAAUCUUUCCUAUCUACCACGACCAGAUGGAAAAGCCCUAACAGCAUCCCCCGAUGCCCUUGUCAAGGCUGGAAAGUACGCCAAGGUGCCCUUCAUUGUUGGCGACCAAGAGGAUGAGGGUACCCUUUUUGGCCUUUUCACUUCGAAUCUUACCACCACCAGUGAGGUCACGACGUAUCUCUCAACCAUCUUCUUCAACAAUGCUUCGCCAGCGCAAGUCCAACAAUUGGUUGGCAGUUACCAAACUAUCACGGAGGACGGAUCACCUUUCCGAACUGGCCUCCUCAACAACUACUACCCGCAGUUCAAGCGCAUUUCCGCUAUCCUCGGCGACGUGACAUUCACUCUUACACGUCGCGUUUUUCUAGAAGUCGCUGCGCAAGUCAGCCCUAGUGUGCCGUCAUGGUCCUACCUUGCGACGUACGAUUAUGGCACGCCUAUCCUAGGGACAUUCCAUGGCUCGGAUAUCCUUCAAGUCUUCAAUGGUAUCUUGCCAAACAACGCCGCCAAGUCUAUCAGGGGUUACUAUUACUCCUUCAUCUACAACUUGGAUCCCAAUGAGGGAAGUGGACUGAUGAACUGGCCAAGGUGGAGUGAAAGCAAGAAGUUGGUGAACUUUGGCGCGAACAGCAACAGCUACCUGAACGAUGACUUCAGAAGUGAUACAUAUAAUUUCUUGAAGGAUAACGUAGCGAGCUUGAGGGUUUGAUCUGAAAGGUUUGAUAUUCUAGCGAUACCAACAUCUGAAAGUUGGUCAUGACGACAAACGAAGUAAACGAAAUGAAUAACUAUCUCAUAUAUCACUAGUUGUUACCAGUGUUGCUCUAGUAUCCACCGCC